AUGUACUGCUCGGAUGCUUCAGUCAGCGCUCGAGGGAACUCGGGACUAGAGCUAGAGGGAGCUGAGAGGAAGAAGGGGAAAAUGGGCUCCAGUAGGGUUGGUACAGUUUCCCUUGUUCUUCUACUGCUCAUCGUCGUUUCGGUUUGCGCCGCAGGAGGCAGGGGGCUGGCCGAAGAAAAGAUUCAGAAGGAACAUCACAACGCUGUGCACAAGGAGGGAACGACAGCUCCAGGCAGCCAUCCAAGGAACCUCAUGGUGAAGACGAACGACUACGGCCGCUACGACCCGACUCCAGCGUUCUCCAGGCCUCGCUUCAAGCCUAUACCUCACUGA